GUGUUACCAUCCAAAGCCAAUCCCAUGAAACUGAGCUUUAAAUAUUCAUGGACUGGGAAACUUCUUGCCCCCUCCUCUUGGUACACAAAAAGGAUCGACUCAGGUAACGGAGACAGUCAAUGCAGCAAGGGACUUUAUGGGACGUAGCUGUAGUGCUGGAAUCUGUCCUUUUAGGAUACAGAAGGAUUUCCUGUGCAGUGUACAAGCACACACAGUACAGUCAACUUUUAUUUAGGUUUAUUUGCCAAAUCUUGGAUUCUAAGAACUAAUUUUAUGAGAUGUUUGCAACAUCUAAAGACAAGCUGAAAAAAGUAACGUAAAUCCAGCCAAAUACACAGCAAAUUGCAUCCAAAAAAAUUUAUGCUCUUUUGUUACAAUGGCAGGACAGCAGUGUGUGGGUACGGAGCCUGUGCCGCACAUGGACAAGGCGAAGUAUAAACACAAGUCAUACUGCAAGUGGACAUUAGCCUCUGUACUUCUUGGAGGCACAGCCAUCAGUAUCAUCACAGGAUUAUUAAUAAUGUAUUUAUCAACACAAAGCCUCACUUUGGUACAUACUUUGGAAUUACAAGGUCUUCAAUAUGAUUCCAGUUUACAAAACAGUACCUCUAUGUACUACAGAUCCAUAACUUCUACUUUACAGAGACUGUUGAAAUCCAGUUUCAAAGGUACUGUUGUAGAAGAUAGUUAUACUGGAUUUACGGUUUUACACUACAGCAGGGGGAAUGAAGGCAUCAUCGCACAUUUGAAGAUGCACUUUUUGUCUUCUGACAACACGAAGGAUACAGACAAAAUUGAGGACAUUCUUAGACAGGGAUUGUCUUUAUCCCUAAGUGCACACCCUAUACCAGUAUAUAUUUAUGGAAAUAUAACAUCUGCUAUGCUUGCAGAUAAUACAGGAUUAUCAUUCUACUCUAUAGGACUGAAGUCAGGAAGUUGUCCACCUCAAGUGUAUUCCUGCAAGAAUAGCCAAUGUAUUGUCAAGCAAAACCCGGAAUGUGACAGUAUGCGUGACUGCAAAGAUGGAUCAGAUGAGAAGAACUGCAAUUGUGGUUCACGCCCUGCAAUCCAGAAAUCAAACAGAAUAGUAGGAGGGUCAGACGCUGCAAAGGGAGAAUUCCCAUGGCAGGUCAGUUUAAGGGAGAACAAUGAACACUUCUGUGGAGCAACCAUUAUAAGUGGCAAGUGGCUGGUAUCUGCUGCUCACUGCUUCAAUGAUUUUCAGGAUCCAGCUGUUUGGGUGGCUUACAUAGGAUCUACAUCUUUAAACGGCUUGGAUGGCAGCACAGUGAAGGCCUACAUUAAAAAUAUUUUUAAGCAUCCAUCUUAUGACCCAGAUACGGCAGACUAUGAUGUGGCUGUUCUAGAACUGGAUUCUGAGCUACGAUUCAAUAAAUACACUCAACCAAUCUGUCUCCCUGCUGCCACUCACGUUUUCCCUAUGGGCAAGAAGUGUGUCAUCACUGGCUGGGGAUACCUCAAAGAAGACAACUUAAUAAAACCUGAAGUUCUACAGAAAGCUACAGUGGCCCUCAUGGAUCAGUCUCUCUGCAACAGUUUAUACAGCAAUGUGGUAACAGACAGAAUGGUGUGUGCAGGUUACCUUGAAGGCAAGAUUGACUCAUGUCAGGGUGAUUCAGGGGGUCCUCUAGUCUGUGAGGAGCCAACUGGCAAAUUCUUUUUGGCAGGCAUUGUGAGCUGGGGAGUGGGUUGCGCUGAAGCCAGAAGACCGGGGGUCUAUGUGAGGGUCAGCAAAGUUCGAAAUUGGAUUCAGGGAGUAAUCUCAGCACCUACACCAAUGGAAACGCAUACAAGCUUUGUUACAACCACCAGCAGUAUAAAAAGGACAACCAACCCCAAAGCUACCACUGCUCGACCCAUGACUAAGCAUUCAACCACCAAAUCUAAGCCAGGUAGUAGCACCCUGCCAGCAAAACCAACCCAGAAGCCUCUCAGCACAUCUAAACCUCAAGAAUGUGGAAGUCGUCCUGGCCUAACAAAACCCAACAAGAUAGUGGGUGGAUUUGAUGCUGUUAGAGGGGAAGUCCCAUGGCAGACCAGUCUGAAGGAGGGCCCAUAUCACUUUUGCGGAGCAACAAUAAUUGGAGAUCGAUGGUUGGUCUCUGCUGCUCAUUGUUUCAACCAAACAAAACUGGACCACGUCACUGCCCAUAUGGGUUCCACAGCACUUAAUGGAGCUGAUAGCAUGGCUGUGAAAAUCAACUUGAAAAGGGUGAUCCAGCAUCCUCACUUCAAUCCACUGACCUUGGACUUCGAUGUGGCUGUAGUGGAGUUAUCAAGCCCGUUGACUUUUAAUAAGUUUGUACAGCCUGUUUGCCUUCCAUCAGCUCUACAGAAGUUUCCAGCUGGGUGGAAAUGCAUGAUCUCUGGAUGGGGCAAUAUCAAAGAAGGCAAUGUGUCCAAGCCAGAGGUUUUGCAAAAAGCAUCAGUGGGGAUAAUAGACCAGAAAAUUUGCAGUGUCCUCUAUAACUUUUCCAUUACUGAACGGAUGAUCUGUGCAGGUUUCCUUGACGGUAAAGUGGAUUCUUGUCAGGGCGAUUCUGGGGGACCCUUGGCAUGUGAAGAGAGCCCAGGUGUUUUCUUCUUGGCAGGCAUUGUAAGCUGGGGUAUUGGAUGUGCCCAGGCAAAAAAGCCAGGGGUUUAUAGCAGAGUUACUAAACUGAAGGACUGGAUCCUGGACACAGUGGCUCCUGUACUGAGGACUACUGAUAGUGGUAUGAAUCUUCCAAAGUCCUCUGUUCCUUCAACAACUCCCAUGACUACCACCACAAGGCCAUCCACUAUCCAACCACCAACUUCCCCUGGCCGCAGGACAACCACGGUAUCUAGGACUACAAUGUCACAAACGAAAAGUACAAGAAGCACACCAAAAUCAACAACUAAAAGUACAACCAAAAGGACAACUACUGCCAGGACUACCACUACAUCAUUAAGGAUCACUGAGCCACCCAGACCCACACAAAGACCAGUGCCCUGUACUGCUUCUACAUAUAAGUGUUCUAAUAGAGUUUGCAUCAGCAAGACGAACCCGGAGUGUGAUGGAAUCCCAGACUGCCAUAAUGGCUCAGAUGAGCUGAACUGUGAUUGUGGUGCAGCUCCAGUAAUACCCUUUAACAAGAUAGUCGGGGGAAGCGGUUCCCUGAGAGGAGAGUGGCCAUGGCAAGUUAGUCUCUGGCUGCGAAGAAAAGAACACAAAUGUGGAGCUGUGCUCAUCUCGGACCGCUGGCUGCUGUCUGCCGCCCACUGCUUUGACAUCUACAGUGAUCCAAAACUGUGGGCAGCAUACUUGGGGACCCCCUUUCUUAAUGGAGUGGAGGGAAGAGUGGAAAAGAUUUUUCGGAUACAUAAGCAUCCUUUCUACAAUGUCUACACACUGGACAAUGAUGUGGCCCUACUGGAGCUGCCUUCACCACUCUCCUUUACUAAUUUGAUCAAGCCCAUCUGCCUUCCAGACACAAGUCACAGCUUUUCAGAGGGAACCAAAUGCUUUAUCACAGGUUGGGGAUCUACUAAAGAAGGAGGUCCAAUGUCCAGACAACUGCAGAAAGCCUCUGUUACCAUAGUUGGGGAUCAGACAUGCAGAAAAUUUUACCCCAUUCAGAUCAGUCCCAGAAUGCUUUGUGCUGGCUUCAUGCAAGGAGGUGUUGACAGUUGCUCGGGGGAUGCUGGAGGACCACUAGCAUGCAGGGAAACAUCUGGACGAUGGUUUCUAGCUGGAAUAACCAGCUGGGGCUAUGGCUGUGCAAGGCCCUAUUUUCCAGGAGUUUACACCAGGAUAACAUCUGUCCGCAACUGGAUUGGACAGACUUUACGUUUAUAAAGAGAUUCAACUCAGGGAGUGGCAAAGUCAGAAGGCCAAAUGGAUCAUUAUAAAAUGCUUGCAGGGAAGAGUGUUAACUGCUGACCUUUGAGCAUGGAAUGACCACAAAGGACAUUUUACUGCCCAGUUCACUUGUAUGCUUUUGAAGUGGACCAUUUAGACUAUUUUGUAUAAAUAAAAAAGGUGACCUGUUAUGACCACCUUAUGAAGAACUUGUGUAAGACAUGAUUGCAUGCACCCGUUCUGUGGGAAACAAAUUAACAGUACAAUAUAUAAAUACACAAUGUUAACUGGUUACAAGUUCAUUCUAAUAUAGGAAUACAAUAAUAUGAUCACAGUGCUAAGUCUGAUAAAGGAUUUAUAGACCACAGUGGUUUAAAUUAAAGUGGCUCUAUCUUCAUAUAAGCCUUCCUCUGUUACUAUGUGCGCCUCCUGCUCUUACAGAAGUCCUGAAAUACCUACCUUGGAUUCAGAAACUGAAGCUCUAUAAUACUAAUGCAGACAGCCACAUAAACAAAUGACAUGAAAUGUGCGAUUUCCACUUCAGCAUUGGCUAGACGACUGGUUGCUACAGUAUCCUGGAGUAGAAGCAGUUUCAGUGGACAAGGAAUUUCAGGUCUUGUGUAAGCUUUUCUUGCUUCCAAAAAAAGGGUGGGCUUAUAUAAUAGGUCCACUUUAACCAGUCACAAAUCGGGCAUAUCACACCAGUAAGUAAUGGAAAAUCUAUUGUUGUGCUGCUGAAUCUCAGAGAUAAGGGCACAAUUUAUUGUAAUUUGAUACCCCCAAGAAUUGAAAACAUUUUAAAGAAACUAAUAAUCAUGUGCUAGAGUGAAAUCUAAUAGUUUUUUUAUUCACCAAUCAUGGAACUGUACAUUCUGCUCAUUCACACUACAGACAGCAAUGUCGGGAAAAGACCUAAUUUUUUGGAAAUUGUUUUAAAUUAGACAAUAGUGACAGCACUAAAUAAUUACGUACUCCAAGUCUUAUUUUAUCAAAUAAUUACCAGGCAGCCACAAUAAUGAAUCACAAUCAUUUUUAUUUUGUCAUCCUUGUGUCCAUCAUGAGAAACAAAGAAGAAGACAGAAGAGAAUGGAGAAGAAAAACAAGCAAGAUGACAUCAGCAAUCGCCUUCUGACAAUCUGUAACAGGGUUGUAAUGAAUAUGUACGGGAUUAUUUUGUAUGAAAACCAGCAUUACCUACUGAUUAAACAACUUUUUUCA